AUGAAGAACAUGGCAGCAGGAAACCAUUGCACAGUGACUGAGUUCUUGUUGGCUGGGCUCUCAGAGAAACCGGAACUCCAGAUGCCCCUCUUCCUCCUCUUCUCUGGAAUCUAUGUGGUCACUGUAGCAGGGAAUCUGGGCAUGAUCACACUGAUUGUGCUCAGCUCCCACCUGCACAUCCCCAUGUACUAUUUCCUCAGCAGUCUGUCCUUCAUUGACUUCUGUCAGUCCACAGUUGUCACCCCUAAAAUGCUGUUGGGAUUUUUGACAGAGAAGAACCUCAUCUCCUACCCUGGGUGCAUGACUCAGCUCUAUUUCUUUAUCAUUUUUGGCAUCGCAGAGUGUUACACAUUAGCUGUAAUGGCAUAUGACCGCUAUGUGGCCAUCUGUAAACCCCUGCUUUACACUGUAAUCAUGUCCUAUAAAAUUUAUAGUUCCCUGAUUUUAGCAGUGUAUAUAUUUAGUGUGUUCAAUGCAUCAAUUAACACAGGCUUCAUGCUACGAAUUUGGUUCUGCAAAUUAGGUGUGAUCAACCACUAUUUCUGUGAUCUUCUUCCACUCUUGAAGCUUUCAUGCUCUGAUACCUAUAUUAAUGACUUGUUGAUUCUAAUAUUUAGUAUAGUGAACAUUUUUGUCCCACCUCUCACUAUUACUGCUUCCUACAUCUCCAUAAUUGCCAGCAUCCUCAGGAUUAAAACCAAAGAAGGCAGGUCCAAAGCCUUCAGCACCUGCAGCUCCCACAUCUCUGCUGUUGCUCUCUACUUUGGUUCUGCUGCAUUCACGUACUUACAGCCAUCUUCAAUGAGUUCGAUGUACCAAGGGAAAGUGUCAUCUGUGUUUUAUACUACUGUUGUUCCCAUGCUGAACCCAUUGAUUUACAGCCUAAGGAAUAAGGAUGUCAGUGUUGCCUUGAAGAAAAUACUUCAAAGAAAAAAUUUCAUGAAAUCUGAAAUACUAUCAAAUGGCAAAACUUACGAAUCAUAG